UGCGUUCACCUCUGCUGUAAUCAUGAGUGUUCUGUCGAAUUGUUUCAGAUGUGCCUUUAUAUAUGGUCGUGAAGGUCAUUUGGAGAAAUUUACCAGAGAGAUGCAGGAGCGUCUGGUAAAGAAUGUGAUCGAGCCGAUGGCGUGCGACGGUCUGCGUACGAUCUGCGUCGCUUAUCGCGACUUCGUCCCCGGCAAGGCAGAGAUCAAUCAGGUUCACAUCGACAACGAGCCGAACUGGGAGGACGAGGAGAACGUGGUGAACAAUCUCACGUGUUUGUGCAUCGUCGGUAUCGAGGACCCGGUGCGGCCGGAGGUGCCGGACGCGAUUCGAAAGUGUCAGAAGGCAGGCAUCACUGUGCGGAUGGUGACCGGGGACAAUAUAAAUACCGCGCGCUCGAUCGCCCUGAAAUGCGGGAUACUGAAGCCGAACGAGGACUUCCUGAUCUUGGAGGGCAAGGAGUUCAACAGGAGGAUCCGCGACGCCAACGGCGAGAUACAGCAACACCUGUUGGACAAAGUGUGGCCGAAGUUGAGGGUGUUGGCUAGAUCGUCGCCGACAGACAAAUACACGCUCGUGAAGGGCAUAAUCGAUAGCAAGGCGAGCGUGAGCCGCGAGGUCGUCGCUGUAACCGGUGACGGAACGAACGACGGCCCGGCCUUGAAAAAGGCGGACGUCGGCUUUGCCAUGGGCAUCGCCGGCACCGACGUCGCCAAGGAAGCUUCCGAUAUCAUUCUAACGGACGAUAAUUUCUCGUCGAUCGUAAAGGCAGUUAUGUGGGGUAGAAACGUCUACGAUAGUAUAGCGAAGUUCUUGCAGUUUCAAUUGACCGUCAAUAUCGUCGCUGUUAUAGUUGCUUUUAUCGGGGCAUGUGCUGUGCAAGAUUCCCCCCUUAAAGCGGUGCAGAUGUUGUGGGUGAACUUAAUCAUGGACACGUUAGCGUCCCUCGCAUUGGCCACCGAAAUGCCUACGCCUGACCUUCUUCUUCGUAAACCGUACGGUCGCACGAAGCCGCUCAUCUCCAGGACUAUGAUGAAGAACAUUCUCGGCCAGGCUCUCUAUCAGUUGUCUGUAAUUUUUAUGCUUCUUUUCGUUGGUGAUAAGGUAUUUGACAUCGAAACGGGCCGAGGGGUUGCGCAGGCUGGCGGUGGUCCAACGCAGCAUUUCACCAUCAUCUUCAACACAUUCGUCAUGAUGACUCUUUUCAACGAAUUUAACGCUAGGAAAAUUCAUGGUCAGCGUAAUGUCUUCCAAGGAAUAUUCACCAACCCCAUCUUUUACUCUAUCUGGAUCGCCACAUGUCUGUCGCAGGUAGUUAUCAUACAAUACGGUAAAAUGGCGUUCAGCACGAAAGCUCUCACAUUAGAACAAUGGAUGUGGUGCCUGUUCUUCGGAGUUGGUACUCUGUUGUGGGGCCAAGUAGUUACGACUAUUCCUACGCGCAAGAUUCCUAAAAUCCUUUCGUAAGUUAUGAAUAUAUAUUCACGUAAAAAAACUACCAUAUUUUUUUUUUUUUUUUUUUAGUGUU